GUCAUCAUCGUCAUCAUAAUCAAUUAUGUCUCAACCACAAUUAUUGCAAAUUAAAUUGUCACGUUUCGACGCUCAACCCUGGGGUUUCCGUUUGCAGGGUGGCGUUGAUUUUGCCUCACCUCUUUUAGUACAAAAGGUUAAUGGUGGCAGUUUAGCUGAACAGGCCGGUUUAAUGCCCGGCGAUUCUGUUGUUAAGAUUAAUGAUGUCGAUGUUUUCAACUUACGCCACAAGGAAGCCCAAGAUGUUGUAGUACGCUCUGGCAAUAAUUUCGUGAUGACAGUUCAAAGAGGUGGCUCAACUUGGCGUCCUCAGAUUACACCCACCGGUCAAUUACCUCAACCUAAUUCCCCUUAUUUGCAAACAGUGACGAAAACUUCUCUUGCUCACAAACAAUUAGAAUCCCAACACGUUGGUUGUGGCUACAACAACGCAGCCAAGCCUUUCACCCAAGGCGUUGAUGGCAGUGUCAAGAGUAUUGUCAAUAAGCAAUACAAUAGCCCAGUUGGCAUUUAUAGCGAUGAAUCUAUUGCGGAAACACUUUCAGCUCAAGCCGAAGUUUUGGCGGGCGGUGUCCUCGGUGUUAACUUUAAGAAAAACGAAAAGGAAUACCAUGCUGAAAAGUCGGAAGUUUUAAAAUUGCUACGUGAAGAAGAGUCUGGAAAAUCAACUCCAGCAUUCAAUAUUCAUCCACACCAAGAACCACAACAACAAUAUCAACAACAACAUCAACAACAACAACAUCAGCAACAACAACAACAUUAUCAACCAUCAUUUACAAGGCAUGUCAGUCCACCAGUUAGUUCACCAAAACCUCCAAGUACUGGUGGUUUGCCAACUGGUCAAAAUAUCUGUAGUGAUUGUGAACGUCUCAUUACUGGUGUUUUUGUACGCAUCAAGGAUAAGAAUUUACACGUUGAAUGCUUCAAGUGCGCUACUUGUGGUACGUCAUUGAAAAAUCAGGGCUACUAUAAUUUCAAUAACAAGCUCUACUGCGACAUUCAUGCUAAAUUAGCGGCAUUACAAAAUCCACCAGCCGGCACUGAGGGUUAUGUGCCAGUGCCUAUUAAACCGAACACUAAAUUAAGCGCCUCGACAAUCUCUUCGGCCUUGAGUGCUCACGGUUACAAUGGCGUAGCUAAUGGCAAUUCCGGAACACCGACCCCAUCAUCGCAUGAAGACAAUUCUAUUGUAGACUUACCACUGCCACCACCGCCAUCGCCGACACAAUUGCAACAAUACGAAAAUCAAACAUAUCCGAAUACAGUAAAUAUCACAACAGAACAACAACAACAACAGCAACAACAACUUCACAAUCAGCAUACACGUACAUAUAGUAGUUUAUCAUCAUUAUCCACGGGCUCCAAUAUCACCAAUUCCUCUCAGUCCCUAUCGCCUUUACCGUACAAUUGUAAUCAGCAACAGCAUAAUGAAACGACAGCAUCAACUUUGUCAUUGGAUCGUUUUGGCAGUUCACCCAUACACUCAAGGCAAACGUCAUCAUCUUCAUCAUCGUUAGGCCAUGGGGGGGGUGGCACAAUCAGCGGCUGCAGUGGUAAUGGCGGCGGUGGUGGUUUAGCUGAUGGCUCUAAUUAUAUCUCAAUGCCACCAGUACCUCCACCACCCCCUUUAACCCAGCGUCACAAUAAUAGCAAUGCACAACUGCUGCAGAAACAAAAUGAAAAUGAAUUGAAUGUAUAUAAUAAAAGCAAUGAUGGUCAACAGCAGCAGCAGCAACAACAACAACAGCAUCUCCAAUCACAACGGCAACAACAGCAAGAGCAGCCAUUCACACAAAAAGUUGUUGCACCGAACGCAUCAACAUCUAUAAUAGUUAGUUCAUCACAAGUAGAUAAAGUAAGAGAUUCGGUUAAUAGUAACUGCAACAGCAACUGCACGACCGUCACCAACGCUACUAACGAAAUGUUCCCUACAAUGGCUACGAUGCCAUCGAAUAUUACCUCCGCCGAUAAUGGCGAUAAACCAUUUGAAUAUGUUACAUUAACGGGUAAUGUUAUACGUAGCGUCGUACCUCCCGGCAAGGGAUCGAAUGUUAAUUACAAGGUCAGCCAAGGAUACGUACGUCCAUUUGGUGCUAUACCAGCGACUACCACUCCAAGAUCAUCAGUUAUUUAUCCACCGCAACCUCAACAAUGGAGUGCAUCGGCACCCCCACCGACCCAAUCGAAGCCAAUUAGCAAUCCUUACGCCACAUUGCCUCGUAGCAAUGUAGGACAACAAGAGCCCUCUGAGCAAAGCUUGCAUCCGCAACAUGCCGAAACGUAUUUUGAGGACGAUUACGAAGUUGAGCAGGCAAAUAAGCAAAGUCGUGGGCCAUUGGUUUGGCCACCUCCUGAGGAUGAAAAUCGUCGAACUCCCACUGCAACGCCUCUUUAUAUAGCACCACCGGGAACUCAGCACAUUGCUGUCAAGCCACUCGAAGAAAAACCCGUAGAAAAGUUGGAACUAUCCAUAACGACAGGUAAACACCUUUCCUCUUGUUCAGAAAAUCAAGAAUCGACCAAAUGUCAUUGGCAAAGUCGUUCUGCGCCUCAAUUAACUAACGCUGUACAGCAUACAGAAUGUGAAUCUGGCUCUGAUAGUUACACCUCUACUUCAACUACUACUACCACAACUUCUGAGGAAUACCAACGUAUGUACGCCGCUCAGGUACAUGCUUACCAAAUGCAACAGUUAUAUGAGCAGUCUGGCUCUGACUUCGAUUAUCACAUGGAUAUGGAAGUGGCUGCAAUGCAACAAAGACAGCAAGAGCAUCAUGAACAUUUCAAUCUUACCUCUGCUGAGUAUUUGUCUGGCCGUCGCAGCACUCAAGAGUGCGCAGAAACUUUGGCUCCUUCAUUAAACACUUUUAAAUUGGUGGACAUGGUAAGAGAAGUUACUCCCAGCCCUGUGCCGCAAUCUAACAACCAAGCUUCACGGCAUGUGGCAUUUGUCGAUAAACCCGAAGUAAAAGAAGUCGAUUUAAUACCGGAGCAACUUAGUGAAGGUAAAGAAGAUAAUGAAUCAAACUCAGAUGAACAGUUACCAGAAUUACAAAAAGACAACGACACAGAAGAGACUGUUAAUGAACAAGACUGUUUAAUUAAAGAAGAUCGUUCCCAGAUACUUGAAAGCCAAAGAAUCUUUCAACCUACUCCUGAAAUUAAAAUAGAUAUUGCCCCCGUACGUCAGAUUCCUCCUACAAAAAUUCCUAAUCCUGUACCGAAACAAUGGAUAAAUCCCAUGGUCGCCGUUUUGACCACAGCACCUGAGGUACCUUUUCAUAUGAUGGAUUGUUUGCCCCCACCUACUCCUUGCGACGAGUGCUGUUGUCAAGCUGGAAGCGAUCCGGAAGUCGUCAAAGAAAUUCCUGAUCGCCCACCAAAUGAUAAUGCACCCGAACCCUUUGAAAGACCUCCUUCUGCCGAGCCUGAAGAGACUGUAAUAUUUCGCGAAAAUCCUCCUCAAGGUUCAUGGCUAACAAAAGCUAUAACCACUGCCCCUGAAUUUCCGUUGAAGUUUGUCCCACCUUCUUCACAAGGUAUACCUUUACCCGAAGAAACUGAAGCCUACAUGCCCCCUCCUAUCGAUAUGAAACCUUACCUGCGUGAAGACUAUCGACCCAAGUCACCUUUUGUCAGUGCCCUUACAGUUGCCCCAGAACGACCAUUCGAAGGUCAUUUCGAUCGCGAUGUACCCAUACAUCUGUUGGAUUUACCUACUCCUAAAGAGCGAUUGACUCUAACCGAUGCUUUGGCCACGGCGCCUGAGCGGCCCUACACACCACUCAAUCCUGAAAAUGCUACUCAUAUGUUUGAAGAAAAACAAAAAGAACAAGAAAAGAAAAAAUUGCAAUUUCAAAUACUGGAUAGGGAAGAAGAGCUUGGUCUAAGGAAAGAGACAGCAAUGGAAUUUUACACAACCGAGAGAAAACAAAGUAAAGCAUUUGCGGCCAUGCAAGCAUUCCAGUGUUCCCGCGAACCUUUGUCCUCUACAGAUCCUCCAAAACAUUCAUUGUCCUAUGCAAAAGAUGAAACCAAUCUCGAAUUUCAAAAGUAUUGCAGCGCUCACGAGCGCUAUCAUAAAAGACGUGAUUAUUUCACAAAAAAGGAGCAAGAGCUCCAAGAGCAACUAAAACAACAACAACAACAGCAACAACAAACCAACAUUAGAACCACACAGCAAACUAACAAACGUGACGAGUCCACUUUAUAUUCCUCUGCCAAACAAAGCUCUUCCACUAACUCCUCUUCCGCAGUCCAACAAAUGUCCAUCAGAUCACAUGCUUCCUCGAAUUUAACUCAAGAGCAAAAGUCAUCGUAUUCCUCCACAUAUGAAUCCGCAACUGCUAAAACCGUUUCCUCAAAGAUCGAUACCCAAGAAAUCAUUCAAGAGACGGCUGAAGAUCUUGAACACUCUGAAGUGAUAUUUCCACCACCGUCCCCGCUUAGUCACAUGAAGCAAAAAGCAACAUUAUCUGGUCUCCACCGACCAGAAACCUUGCCAAAAUAUCAACGUAACUGGACAGUCUUGCCUACUCAAAGCCCUGUGCGCACUCCUGAACCGUCUGAAUUGCGUGAAAACGUCCCCCUAGCUUUUGUAGAUACACCCAAAACUCCUAGAGUGGCAGAUGGAGUUGAGAGCAAUGCUGUGCAUAAGCCUGUGGCUAAAUUGUGCGCACAAACAAGUGCAAGUUCCACUGUUGCCCAAAGUUCAAUCACAAGUGCUUCAACUGUCUCAAAUUAUCAACAAAGAGUCAGUGAACAAAGGCAACAGCAAUCUGCAACCUUGGCAAAUUCGAACGCUUGUACGCAACACACGGUGCCUACCACCGUACCUAUUAUAAUUGAAGACCGGUCUGGCCCAGUAACAAUGGCUUUUCAAUCUAUAGAUGAACACAUGAUUAGGGAUGAAUCGCAGACACCAUCCAGACCAUAUACGCCAUCUUCUUUCACGAAUAAGCCGGCGCCUAUAAUUCCACCCUAUCAAACACCCGAAAAGUUAUGCUUUGAUGAAUGUGCCCCAACUCACGGUAAACUUUAUGAUCGUUGUUCAGUAUCUCCUUUGCCAGAUCGUGCACGUUCCCCAGCUCCUGGUCCGCCACCAAAUCCAUUGGCAGCUAUACGAGCACCCCGAUUAAAGGACGAUGAAAUGGCAUCUGUCUCACAACGUAUGUUGCAGGCGGGAUCUAUUACCACAGGUCAAAGUUAUUUAGGGGCUCAACAAGCAAAACAACAGGGUCAACUUUUGGCUCACACUGAGACCAGCAGCCAAUCGGCUAUGCAAAGCUAUAUGGAAAAACCUGAGAAACAUGAUCAAUUGAAAGUCGGUAACGUUGUGGUACAAAAAACCGAGAAAGAAUCCCGAUUGGAAGAACAAAAACAAAGCCAAUUGGAAAGUCACACAAAAACGCAAAUGGGUAACGUACAAAUAGAGCGCAGACGCAAAGUAACUGAAGAAUUCGAACAUACUUCAAGUGCAAAAACAACUGAAAUACGUACUGGAUCUCAGAAUGCGAGUUCUGAACGUCGCCAAAGCUAUGGAAAAACCGGAUAUGUCGCUAAUCAAGCAAAACGUUUGUCGGGUUUGGAAGAAGAAAUUUCAAACUUAAGUAGCCAAUCGCAGGCCAUUAGUGCUCGCGCUGCCAACUUGACAGAAACAAAAUUUCCUGAAGUCCAUGGUGAAGGAGGUGCUGCACUUUUCCCAAGUAAACCAAUGGUACCUUCUUACAGUGAAUCUAAAACCGCGAGUUAUGUCGUUUCUGGAGCUCCUGAUAUCAAAAUGGUUAGUUCGUUUGCAGGCAAAACAAUGCAACCCCAAGAGCACCUGUCAAAUGUGCAUGAAGCAUCUGUGGUUUCCGCAAAGCAACAACAACAGAAAUCAUUAAGCGCAUAUUCAAGUAACAUUUCAUCUUCAGUCGCAUCAUGCUCACAACAACAACAACAAAGACAAGCUAACGCCGUUAGCUGCAGUUUAACUAAAGCUUCUGCUACUAAUCAAGCUUAUGCGACUAGCAUCGCCACUAACCAAUACACAAGCACUACGUCUCAAAACGUAUGCCCAACAAUGGGCGCUUUGUGUGGCUCUCGUGACACUUGCUGCAAAUCGCAGCAGCCGGUACAAACGCCGUCUGUGAACAACUACAAUAACAACUAUCGGCCAAACGCUUCUGCAGGUUUAACUGAUUUUGAACCACCGCAAACUAGAGCUACAAGCUUUGCAGCACCACAGUCAGUAAUGCAAACACCAUUAACAGCACCAGCUCCGACUACAACAGCUGUUCCAACAUCAACUAACUAUAAUAUUGGAUCUAAUGUUGCUGAUGGUUCUUCAGGUGGAAUGGCUUCUAAAGGUGGCGCUUAUGGAGCUACUUCGGCUCCUAAACGUGGACGAGGCAUUAUAAAUAAAGCCGUCGGACCCGGGGUCCGAGUGCCAUUGUGCAACAGUUGCAAUACCCAGAUCAGGGGUCCUUUCAUUACCGCUUUGGGUCGUAUAUGGUGCCCCGAACAUUUCAUUUGUGUUAAUGCGAAUUGUCGCCGUGCCUUGCAGGAUAUAGGCUUUGUAGAAGAAAAGGGCGACUUGUACUGUGAGUAUUGUUUCGAAAAAUACUUAGCUCCUACUUGCAGUAAAUGCGGGAACAAAAUUAAGGGUGAUUGCUUAAAUGCUAUUGGCAAGCACUUCCACCCCGAAUGCUUUAAUUGUGCUCACUGUGGUAAAUUGUUCGGCAAUACACCCUUCUUCCUUGAAGAUGGUAAUCCUUACUGUGAGGCCGAUUGGAAUGAGCUAUUUACAACUAAAUGCUUUGCUUGUGGUUUCCCAGUUGAAGCGGGCGAUCGAUGGGUAGAGGCUUUGAAUCACAACUAUCAUAGCCAGUGUUUCAAUUGCACCUAUUGUAAACAAAACUUGGAAGGUCAAAGCUUCUACAAUAAAGGCGGUCGUCCCUUCUGUAAAAAUCAUGCCCGUUAACUGACUCCGUGUAUGCCUUAAUGCAUCUGUAAUAUUUAAGAGAAUGUUAUAACAUAGUUCUUCCCGGCGUAUAAGUACCGAUCUUACAUGUAACACAUAACGCUCGGCAUCAUCAGGGAUAAUUUAUGCACAUAAAAAGUUUAUUGUUUCUUGGACAAUACCAAUAUAAAUAUAAUUUAAAUCUUUAAUUAGCAAAGGGUUAAAACAAGAAAAAACAAAAAAGAAAACUUGUCUUAAUUUAUGAUUAAUAACUAAAUAACUAAAAGAUGAUAAAGGCGAAGAGGAUUACAUUUUUAAAGUUUAGCUUAUUUUAAAUAAUAUUUUCAUUUAUUU